AUGGGCCACCACCACUCUCACGUAUCUCGCAAAGCGCGUCUCAGAGCCGUGAUCGCUAUAUCGUUCUGUUUCUUCGUUGCUGAAAUCUCCAUUGGGUUCCACACUCACUCCAUCGCUCUUAUUGCAGACGCUUUCCACUAUCUCAAUGACCUUGUUGGUUUCUUCAUAGCUCUAGUAGCGGUCGAAGUGACUGAGCGCAAGGAGUCCCCGCAAGACCUUACCUUCGGCUGGACACGUGCGCAGCUUCUCGGCGCUUUCUUCAAUGGCGCCUUCCUCCUUGCUCUAGGCCUGAGCAUCCUCCUGCAAUCCAUCGAGCGCUUCAUAUCCCUCCAGCACGUCGAGAACCCGAAGCUGGUGCUGAUAGUUGGCUGCAUCGGUCUGACUCUCAACCUCAUCAGCGCCGCCUUCUUGCACGAGCAUGAUCAUGGUGACGAACAUGCACACGGUCACGGUCACGGUCAUGAAUACUCUACUCAUUAUCACAGCGACGUUGAGAACCUUUCAGCCUCAUCCACCCUCGACCAUCACCAUCUGCAUCUUCAUCACUCCCUCACGCCUUCCAAGCACGGCAUGGACCUCGGCAUCUUAGGCGUGCUCAUCCAUAUUUUGGGCGACGCAAUAAACAACAUCAGCGUGAUCAUCUCCGCCUUAAUAAUCUGGCUCACACACUCUCCUUCACGCUUCUAUGCCGACCCCGCAGUGUCCCUCUGGAUCGCACUUAUGAUCCUAAUCUCCGCGCUCCCGCUCACAAAACGCGCCGGCAAAAUUCUCCUCCAAUCUGCCCCCUUGGGUGUAAAGAUCGACGAUAUCAAGCACGAUCUCGAAAGUAUACCAGGCGUUCUGAGUGUGCAUGAAUUGCAUGUGUGGCGUUUGGAUCAGCGUAAGGCGAUUGCGAGCGCGCAUGUGGUGGUCAGUGAUCCGGACGUGAAGAGCUUCAUGAGUAAGGCGAAGGUUAUUACUGAGUGUUUGCAUGCGUAUGGGAUUCAUUCUGUGACGCUACAGCCGGAGCUGCCGAAGCAGAGGGUGGUGGAUGAUGAGGUCAUGGAGGUGGGAUCGCAGGUGACGACCGCGAGCACGAGCUCGGAGAAAUGCGGGGUGCCGUGCGGGAGUGUUUGCGAGGAGCUGAAGUGCUGUAAGUAA